AUGGCAAAUUGUGAUUGGCUUGAUAUGUACCCGACUGCUCAUGUUAAGUUAUUACCCUGGAUAGGAUCAGACCACAGACCCUUACUAGUAUGUACUGAAGAUAUCAAAGUCAACAAGCAUAGUCUAUUUAGAUAUGAUAACAGAUGGAGGUUUAACCCUGAAGUCAAAAGAGUUAUAAAAGACGUCUGGGCUACUGAAUGUACUAACAUCCCUCCUAAGGAUUUUCACAGGAUUAUAGAGAAAUGCAGGAGGGCAUUGUCGAGAUGGAAGAGCAAGAACCAGACUAAUACGACCAAGAGAAUUAAUCAACUGAAGGAACAAAUUCAGCAAAUGUAUCAAAGCUCCACAAUAGACUAUGCUACUCUCAAUAUCCUCAAGGUUGAACUCAACCUGCAAUAUAGAAUGGAGGAAGAAUAUUGGAGAACUAAAAGCCGAAUUCAAUGGCUUAAUGCAGGAGAUAGAAACAGUAAAUUCUUCCAUUCUAAAACCAAGCAAAGGCGAAGUCGGAACAGGAUCAUUCAUAUAAAAGAUGAUCAAGGAAACACUAAAACAAAGCCAGGUGAUAUUAGAGAGCAAAUCAUGAAAUAUUUUCAGAAAUUAUAUACUAGUGAAGGGACUGUUAUUGAUGAAGAUCUUUUACGAGGUAUCCCUGUGACCAUUUCGGAGGAAAUAAAUACAAAAUUAACUGCUCAAGUCACAGAGAAGGAGAUUGAAGCUGCUGCUUUUUCUAUAAAUCCUGAUAAAUCUCCAGGGCCUGAUGGUAUGAAUGCAGGAUUCUAUAGACAUCAUUGGGAGAUCAUCAAACAAGAUAAUGUGCUCAUUGCCCAUGAGCUGAUGCAUUCUUUGCAUACUAAGAAGCUUAAAACUAAGUUUAUGGCUUUUAAGCUAGAUAUUUCAAAAGCUUUCGAUAAGGUGGAAUGGAAUUUCAUAGUUCAGAUCAUGAGAAGGAUGGGAGCAACUGUAGAGGAGUGUAGACAUCUGAAGGAAAUUCUCAACCUCUACCAAAAAGCUUCAGGGCAAGAGGUAAACUAUGAUAAAUCUGCCAUUGCUUUUUCAAAAGGUAUAUCCUCAACUGAACAGCAACAAUUAAAAGAUGUAAUGGGAAUCAAUAAAAUAGGAGGUUUUGGAAGGUAUUUAGGAUUGCCUGAGCGUAUAGGUCGAAGAAGAAAAGAGGCUUUUGAAUACUUGAAGCAGAGGAUAAAGAACAAAUUAGAUAGUUGGUACAAUAAAUUUCUGUCCCAAGCUGGGAAAGAGGUUCUGUUAAAAGCAGUUGUUACAGCUCUCCCUACUUAUGCAAUGUCCUGCUUUUUAUUGCCAAAAGGUUUACUAAAGGAAAUUACUUCUUAUAUGAGGAACUUUUGGUGGGCAUCUGUCAAGGACAAGCAUAAGAUACCCUGGAUAGGAUGGAAUAAAAUUACUAAAUCUAAAAGGGAUGGAGGAUUAGGAAUAAGAAAUAUGGAGAAUUUUAAUAUAGCUUUGCUAGCUAAACAGGGUUGGCGACUGAUGAAAUAUCCACAAUCCCUUCUGGCUAGAGUCUUUAAGGCAAAAUACUACCGUCAUUCAAGUUUCUUGCAAGCUGAGAGUUACACUACAUCAAGUUAUGGAUGGCGUAGUAUUAUUCAAGCUCAAAAAUUGUUAAAAACAGGAAGUAAAUGGAUUGUAGGGAAUGGGAAAGACAUCAGAGUAUGGGAGGAUAACGGGAUCAAAACGAAGCCAUCAUCUCCAGCCUCUGGACCUGGUUCAAUUAGCCACCCUGACCUCAGAGUCAAUGACCUACUCCUAGGAACCGAGCAUGAGUGGAAUAUCCAGCUUGUCACAGAUAUUCUUAAUCAAGCUGAUGCCAACUAUGCUUUAAGUAUUCGUCCAAGCAAAACAGGUAAUCCUGAUACUCUUGUCUGGUCAUACACUAAAGAUGGAAAUUAUAGUGUGAAGACGGGCUAUCAUUUACAAUGCCAAAUGGAAGAUCAAGAUUCGCAGAUAGAUCAAGUACCAAUCCCGGAGGAAGUAAGAAAAUGUUGCUCAAAUAUAUGGAAGCUAAAGAUUCCUCCGAGGUUAAAAACGUUCUGGUGGAGGGUAGCACAUAACUGCCUUGCUGUGAUGGAUAAUAUGAGGAAGAGAGGAAUUGUAAUAGAUAAUACAUGUCAAACAUGUGGGGAGAGUACUGAAACACUCAACCAUAUGUUGUUUGAAUGCAGAGUCGCUAAAGAAAUUUGGGAGAUGAUUCCUACUAGUUUUUAUGUGUCUGCUAGCACCUCAGAUAAUCUGAUUGAGAAUAUUAAUUAUCUGCUGAUUGGUGCUAAGCAGGAUAAAAGAGAAGCUCUGAAUUUCUUUGCAGGGUGGAACAUCUGGAAAAUGAGAAAUAACAUCUUGUUCCAUCACAAGAGAGAUCACAUUCUCAGAGUUAUUCAUGCAGCAAUAAGAGAGAAUCAGUGUUGGAAUAAAGCAAUAGACAUCGAAAGCUCUCAAAAACAAAGUACUGGAGCACAAAGGAAUCAAAUGGAAAAUAUUCAUGAGAUACUCCCGCCAUUAACAAAUUUAUAUUGCCUUGUUGAUGCUUCUUGGAAGAGUAAUCAAGAGCUAGCAGGAAUAGGAUGGUCCUUACACAGUAAAGAAGGCAUCCAAAAGAUAAGAGGUUCCUCUUCUAUUGUGCCAACAAAUACAUCUAUAGAAGCAGAGGCAAUGGCAAUGUUAAUGGCAGUCCAACAAAUCAAAAGCUUACGAUGCACUAGCUAA